UGGGUGUCCCCAUGCCCUGGGGCUGCAGGGAUGGAUGGCUGCAGCUCUGAUGCAGGUCACUCAGAUCCUCGGGGACUCCUUUCCCUACACGCUGGUGGCGAAGAAAAUUGACCUGCCGGAGUACCAGGGGGAGCCGGACGAGAUCUCCGUGCAGAAGUGCCGCGAAGCCGCCCGGCAGAUUCAAGGACCUGUUAUAGUAGAGGAUACCUGCUUGUGCUUCAAUGCCCUGGGGGGGCUUCCAGGACCCUACAUAAAAUGGUUCCUGGAAAAACUCAAACCAGAAGGCCUGUACAAGCUGCUGGCUGGGUUUGAAGACAAAUCUGCCUACGCUCUCUGUACCUUUGCAUUCAGUACUGGAAACCCAGAGGAGCCGGUGAAGCUGUUCAAAGGCCAGACUCAUGGGCUGAUAGUGGAGCCCAGAGGCCCUCGAGAUUUUGGCUGGGAUCCCUGCUUUCAGCCAGAUGGCUACAGCCAAACCUACGCCGAACUGCCCAAGGCAGUGAAGAACUCGAUCUCGCACCGUUACCGAGCACUGAGCGAGCUCUCUGCCUUCUUUCUUCAGAGCAACUCGACAGAGCCCCGCUCUGAUCCCAGCUAGCCCCCCCCCAGGCUGC